AUGGGCCGUAGCAUCAACAGGGGGCGGCUGCUGAAUAGUUGGGCCAAGAUGGAGAAGAUGGUGGUGGCGAAUACGAUGUUCGAGAGACCAGAAGAGAAACGCAUCACCUUGAUCGGCACGGACGACAUCCCCAAACAACUCGAUUACAUUCUUGUGGGUCGCAGCUCAAACUGCCGGGUUGUGAAUGCACGAUCGACUUCUUGUUUGGAUUCGGGAUCUGAUCACAGGGCAGUGCGGGCGAAAUUAUGCUUUACUUCAUCUCAGGAUUUUGUUAGGGACACGGCCGAAAGAGGAGCUCACAGGGCCAAGAGGCGCACUGGCGAGUAUCAGAAAACGUCGUUUCAAGAAAAAGUGAAUUCAUGA